AUUUGCCAAGGAGGAGAGGGUCAAACUUGGCAAGGUCGGAAGGCACAGGAAAAAAGGAGGGGGAAGCAAGCAAAAGGGUAGGCUCCACGCUUAUGAAAACGUCAGUCAGUUGGACCGAGUAAAAUCAAAAGGUCAGCAAGGAAGCCUUAUUCCAGGCACCAGUGCACGACGGCAUUGGCAUCGCCGAGCUUCGCUUCUCACCUUCUUCCUCCUCCCACCUCGGAAAGCUUUUCCUUCUUCCCUCCCGGCGCAGCCUUUUUCUGCGAGAAGCGAAGCUCUCACUUAGCAGGUCUGGUCCAGGCAGGGAGGAGCUAACGUUGAUGAGGGGAAGACAGCAGCUCCUCUUGCUGCUCUUCAUCUUGAGCGCCGCCGGAUCAAGAAUCGCUUCCGCGGACACCAACCCGCAAGAUGCGGCUGCUCUCCGAUCUCUGAUGAAGAAAUGGAAAAAUUUUCCUUCUAGCUGGGGGAAGUCCAACGAUCCUUGCACCAGAUGGGAUGGUAUUUUGUGCGAUGGAAACGGAAGGGUCACAUCACUGAAUCUAUUCGCUAUGACCAUAAGAGGCACUCUUGGUGAUGAUAUAGGAAGCCUGACUGAACUAAGGAUCUUGGAUCUGUCCUCAAAUCCAGAUCUUGGUGGCCCACUACCUGCUGCUAUUGGGAAGUUGGUUAAGCUUGAAGAACUAGCACUGAUUGGUUGUAGUUUCAGUGGUCCUGUUCCAAGUGAAUUAGGCAACCUGUCACAAGUCAAAUUUUUUGCUCUGAACUCAAAUAAAUUAACGGGCAGCAUCCCGCCCUCGUUAGGAAAGCUUUCCAGUGUCACCUGGCUGGACCUUGCUGAUAACCUGCUGACUGGGCCACUCCCAAAUUCCAAGGACAAUGGAACUGGAUUGGACCAGCUUCUAGAGGCAGUGCACUUGUCUGUGUCACAAAAAGAUAUCAGUUUUGUUGCUCAUUCUUUGCAAGCUAUCACUCACAAAUAUGUUUCUUCUGUUCUUUCUAGCCAUUUCAAUCAGAACAAACUGGAAGGUUUGAUCCCGGAAUAUCUCUUUAACUCCAACAUGAAGCUCAAGCACAUACUUUUCGACUAUAACAGAUUUGUUGGACCAAUACCAGCAUCUAUUGGUGCAAUUCCUACACUAGAAGUACUUCGUUUAAAUAACAACGGUUUCAUGGGUCAAGUUCCUUCUCUCAAGAACCUGACUAAGCUCCACGUUGUAAUGCUUUCAAACAACAAACUAAAUGGAGCAAUACCUAAUUUGGCCGGGAUGACGUUACUGGAAAAUGUGGAUAUGAGCAAUAACAGCUUUACGCCUUCUAAUAUUCCAAGCUGGUUCUCAAAUUUGACUGACAUAAUGACCCUUACAAUGCAGUCAGUUGGAAUUUCUGGCCAAGUGCCACAGGAGCUGUUCAGCUUCCGUAAAUUACAGCAUCUAAUACUGAGCGAUAAUCAACUGAAUGGAACACUUGACAUGGGUAAUAACGUUAAUGAGGGACUAGAUCUUGUCGAUAUUCAAAACAAUGGAAUCACUUCAGUUAAAGUGUACGACAGCUUCAAAGGCCAAUUUCUCAAGCUUCAAGGGAACCCACUCUGCAACAAUUCUCUUUUGUCAGAUACAAUGCCGUGCACAGGACUACAAACUGAAGCUCCUAGACAGCCCCGUAUUGAAGUCCAGUGUGCCUAUCCUUUCAUCGAGAUUAUUGUCUUCAGAGCUCCUUCCUUUGGUGAUGUUGUCCAGUACCUUCCUGAACUGCAGAAAAACCUCACGGGUAAAUUGAACAGCUGUACCCCAAACCAGCUAAGCUUGGCCCACUCCAACGAUGGUUUAUACCUAAAUGUGGAGAUCAAGGCAUGCCCAGUAAACAAGAAGAGGUUCACCUACUCCCAAGUAUUAAACUGCUUCAACCUGACCCGUCAGAAUUACAAACCACCAGAAUUUUAUGGGCCUUACUAUGCAAGAGCGCGUCAUUACCCAUUCCACGACAAAGCUUCUCGAGCUGUGUUGAUUGGCAUUGUAACUGGAUCUGUUCUCCUGGUUGUGGGACUUAUGCUGGUUGGUUUUUACGCUGUGCGACAAAAGAAGCGGGCUCAAGAGCUUGUCUCCAUCAACAAUCCUUUCGCAUCAUGGGGAUCAAUGGGAGAAGAUAUUGGUGAAGCACCCAAACUGAAAAAUGCUAGAUUUUUCACAUUGGAAGAACUCAAGCUGUGCACCAAUGAUUUCCGAGAAAUCAAUGCUAUUGGAGCAGGGGGCUAUGGAAGGGUGUACCGAGCAAAACUUCCGGAUGGGCAGUUAGUAGCAAUCAAGAGAUCUAAGGAAGGGUCCAUGCAGGGUGGCCUUGAGUUCAAGACAGAAAUAGAACUCCUUUCAAGAGUUCAUCACAAGAACUUGGUUGCACUGGUUGGUUUCUGCUUUGAGAAGGGCGAAAAGAUGCUUGUUUAUGAGUUCGUUUCCAAUGGAACACUAAGCGAGGCCCUAUAUGGUAUGAAAGGGAUACAAUUGGACUGGAGUAGGAGGCUCAAGAUAGCUCUGGAUUCAGCAAGAGGGCUAGCUUACCUCCAUGACCAUGCCAAUCCUCCAAUUAUUCACAGGGAUGUGAAGUCCACCAACAUCCUCCUUGAUGAGAAGAUGACCGCAAAGGUUGCGGAUUUCGGCCUGUCGUUGCUGGUAUCAGACAGUGAGGAAGGCCAACUCUGCACAAAUGUCAAGGGAACACUGGGCUACCUGGACCCGGAGUACUACAUGACGCAGCAGCUCACAGCGAAGAGCGAUGUCUACAGCUUUGGUGUGGUGCUGUUAGAACUCAUAAUGUCCAAGCCACCGAUACACGACAACAAGUACAUCGUCCGCGAGCUGAAGAUGGCACUUGACAUGGAGGAUCGCACGCACUGUGGGCUCAAGGAUGUGAUGGACCCGAUCCUUGCGAAAACGGGGAGUCUCCUUGGCUUCCCACGGUUCCUAAAACUGGCACUUCAAUGUGUCGAGGAGGUGGGAACGGGCCGGCCCUCAAUGAACACCAUUGUGAGGGAGAUUGAGGGGAUAAUGCAGGACUACGGACUCAUACCAGGCUCCAUGUCGACGAGCUCUUCAUUCAGCAUUGAGUCAAGAACAAUGAAGGUCGGGCCUAAGCUCCCGUACUCUAGUUCUUCGACAUCAUCCUCGACGUUUGAUAUGGACAGUAGGGUCUUUGAAUACAGUGCGGUAUUCCCUUCUCAUGGGAGCAUGAACCCAUGAAGCCCUAGAUGUAUAGGAUAAAAGCUAGCACCAGCUUGAUGUGCAAAAGUUCGAGUGUACAUUGUACAUAGGUUUUAGUAGGACUGUAAAUGAUUCAUAAAGUUGACUAUUCUUUUUGCCAUGGAGAGAAAACGUACGUACAGGGCCUUGCCGGCAUAAA